AUGUUCUCCGUUAACCAUGUUCUCCGUGUGACCGUUUGCGCCGCCCCCGGCGGCUCGGCAAAGCCACAGAGAGCCGUUAAGGUAGCAGAAAAAUCAACCGUGCGGACGAGAAAGCUGCCGGAAAAUCCGAAGGUAGAGCUGGCUACUUUCGAUCUGCCAUACAUAACAUUCUACUACAAUCAGAAGCUUUUAGUUUAUAAAAUAAUGGCGGAGGAGUUCGCGACGGUCGUGGAGAAAAUGAAGGAAGCUCUGGCAGCGGUGCUGGAAGAGUUCUAUCCGCUCGCCGGAAGGCUUGCGCAGGAUGAAGAAGAUAAGGUGCUGUAUGUUGAUUGUGAGGGGGAGGGAGGGGUGGAGGUGGUGGAGGCGGCGGCGGAGGAGGUGGAGGUGGCGGAGCUUGCGGUGGGGGAAGCGCCGGAGGAGCUUAUGAAGGAAUUGGUGCCGUACACUGGUGUUAUGAAUCUGGAGGGGCUCAGCCGACCGUUACUCGCCGUUCAGUUCACAAAGCUGAAGGAUGGGAUAGCCCUGGGCUGCGCAUUCAACCACGCCAUUCUAGACGGGAAUUCCACGUGGCAGUUCAUGACGUCUUGGGCCCAGCUGACCCGAAACGAACCCAUCUCCGCCCAUCCACUUCACAACCGUUCCCUGGCCCGACCCGCCCGAAUCCCCCUCACCCUGCCCAUCUCCCCCGCCGCCCACGAGCUCGCAAACCCUAACCCCAUUCCGCCUUCCUCCCUCAUCGCCCGCGUAUUCUCCUUCCCCGAAUCCACAAUCCUCCGCCUCAAAUCCGCAGCGAAUUCCUCUCUCCCCGCCGAAACCAAACCCUUCUCCACCUUCCAAUCCCUCGCCGCCCACUCAUGGCGCUCCAUCUCCCGCGCCCGCCGCCUCCCUCCCGAUUCCAUCACCAUCUUCGCCGUUUUCGCCGACUGCCGGUCCAGACUCCAGACUCCUCUCCCCGAUUCCUACUUCGGCAACCUCAUCCAAGCCGUCUUCACCGGCACCGCCGUUCAUCCCCUCCUCACCUCCCCGCCUGAAUUCGCCGCCGGACUACUGCAGAAGGCCAUCGAAUCCCACGACGCCGCCGCGAUUCAAUCGAGGCUUGAGGAGUACGAAAAGAAUCCGAAGAUGUUCUAUUACACGGACGCCGGAGUGAAUUGCGUUGCGGUCGGGAGUUCGCCGAGGUUCCCCGUCUACCAUGUUGAUUUCGGGUUCGGGAGGCCGGAGAGAGUGAGGAGCGGGAAGAACAAUAAGUUCGACGGGAUGAUGUUUCUGUAUCCGGGGAAGGAUGGGGGGAAGGGGAUUGACGUGGAGCUGACGCUGGAUGCGACGGCCAUGGACAAUCUGGAGAAGGAUGGAGAGUUUCUGGCUGUCGGGGGAGAUGAUGAGCCGUGAUGCUGAGAAGACUUCUUCUGCUUGCUUCUUCUGAUCAUAUUUUAAUUUUUAGGGUUUGGGAUUUUUAUGCUGUAUUGGUAGCUGUUGAGGUGGAGUCAGGAGUGUGGGUGUUUGUGUUGAUGAAAUAACUAAAUAAGGUAUAAUAAGUGUUUAAAUUUCAUUGUAUUUAAGGUGGUUGGUGGAAGUUAUGGCACAUUUGUAAUACUUGGACAUGAUUUAUUAAUCUAAAUUAUGCAACCCUCUCCUUAGAUGAAGUAUGAA